AUGGAAUCAGCCACGAGAUCAUCUAUUUAGUUUUAAAUGCCAGAGAAAUUAAACCAGUCAGUUUAUCCUGACGAGCAUCAAAUUAAAAAGAAAUGGAAAGAAGCUAAGAAAUCCUUCGGGAAUGUGGACUCUUUCAGGAAAAGUAUUUUGGUUCAAACUCUAGAUCCCAAGACAGUUAAAGUAACUUAUUAAAAAAAGUUUACAAUAUUUAAGGAUGUGUCAAAAUAGUUGCAAGAUUUCAAUCAAGCAUUGAGUACAAUACAGGAGGGCAAUGAAUUUUAAAACACUUAAUAUGCCAUUCAGACCUCAAGACCCUUAUCACAUUAAAAAAAGAAAUCCUUGAUUCCUCAGAAAUCCAAGUACUCUCCUCCUCGAACUUAUAACUAUGAUCUAAAUAAGCAAGAGCAGCUAGGACUAGCUCAUUAGAACCAGCCAAAUUAAAUGAAAUUAUCUAGAUUAGUUGCAUCUUGUGUUCUUAAUAACAAAAACCCUCACCCUUCAAGCAGUUUUUACUAUAGAUUUAAAAGAGCUAAUCAGUCAUCGGCUUAAGAGCUAAGACAUUUACAAAAGGAUAGAUUGCAACUGCUAAUGGACAAAGCUUAGCAUACCUUUGAUAACAAGAAAAAGCAGCAUGAAAUAGCAACUUAAAGAGUGCAUGACAGGCUAGAUAGGAGCUAUGCUAAAGAUUAUGUGAAGUUUCAAAGAAGUCUUGAGAAUAUUGAUAUUUAGUUGGCUAACUAUGCAUUAUAAUAACUGUAUCAGAAACAACCAAAUAUUGAUCCUAAAAUUAGCAAUACAAUUAUCAGUGGAGAAGACUCUGUAAGAAAUUUAGACUAACUCAACCUUACCUAAAAUAAUGAUAAGAAAAAUAUUGUAAAGAGGUUUAGAGAAAAAAUCAUGAAAAAGGAUUUGAUGAAAAAUACUCCUUAGGGAACAAUAGAAUAUAAGAGAGGCCAAUCUAAAGGUAGUCAAAGGAUAAAGAAGAAGCUAAGUAUUGUUACUAAUAAUUCUUUCAAAAAUUUGGAUACAAUAGAAAACAACGAGCACUAAAAUAACUUGGAUAAGGAGUUCCAGCAACUAAGGUUAAGUCCAACUGAAAUCUAAUUUGAUAAGGUGCUGCUUGAAAAAUAUUAGGAGUUUUAUCAAAUGUAGCAUAGUAUGAGCCAAGAUCAAAACGUCAAAAGCAAAUUCAAGAAAGAACCUUCCUAGGAUAAAGCAAGUAGGCUAAUCAAGCUAAACAUCAUCAGAGACAAGCAGCAGUCAAAUGUAAUGUAGGUGCUGUUAGAUAAAAACAAAAAGAAAGUAAAUUUCUAACAGUUGUCUGCGAAUAUAAAUGGAAACUAAUAGAAGAAAGACAGUAAAAGUCAAACUCAUAGAAGCAUCAAUAACUCAAUAUAUAAAGAUAGCUCAUACUAAUAUGACCUAGGAGGGUUGAAUGUGGCUCCAUUUGAGUCUUCAAUUAAUUUUGUUCUGAGCGGCAAUAAUACUGGCAGAGGGAAUAGUAAAACAAGAAACUAAGGUGACUAGAAAAUUUCUAGGACUAAGAAUAACAUUACCAAUAACGAUUUAACAAGUGAUAGAGCUUCAAGUGUGGAACGUGGUUCAUAUCUCGAUGAAGAUUAUAUUAUGCAGUCUAGAUUUGACAGGUCUCUGGUUAAUAUUAAUCAAACAACUUAAAGCCUUAAAAAGCUAAAUGAAAACAGUAACAUAAACAACUAGCCGAUUAUCCCAAGUUCAUAAGGUCAGAGCAGAUAAGUUAUUAAUGGAAGAAACAUUGGGGAUAAUCAAGACAUUUCUUAGCUCAAGAAAUUGGUUUCAACUAUGGACAAUAAUCUUUAUAAGAAAAGUCUUAUGAACUCAAUUAGGAAUCUAAAGUGA